AUGCUCGACGCAGUUGACAGCAACCGACCAGAACGUCGCUCUGCUCUGAUAACACACGAACUGUCUAGGUUGGAUGUCGACAUUGCUGCCCUUAGCGAGGUCCGAUUCCCAGGUGUAGGCAGCCUCCAGGAGCAUGGCGCCGGUUACACCCUCUUCUGGUCAGGGAAACCUGCAACAGAAUGGCGCCUCUCAGGUGUUAGCUUCAUGAUCAGGACCUCCAUCGCCUCCAAGCUGGAAAACCUGCCAACCGGUCACUCCGACUGCAUCAUGUCCAUGCGCCUCCCUCUGAAGAACGAACAGUAUGCCACGCUCUUCAAUGACAAGGUAAUAAUCCUUGGUGAUUUCAACGCCAGAGUGGGUCAAGAUGUAGAUGCCUGGAAAGGAGUUCUUGGCAGACACGGCGUUGGAAACUGCACUGACAAUGGGCGCUUGCUGUUGGAGUUUUGCACUGAGCAACAACUGGUCAUCACCAACACCAUCUUCCAGCAAAAGGACAGAUUAAAAACAACCUGGAUGCAUCCUCGGUCCAAACAUUGGCACCUCAUAGAUUACAUCCUAGUGCGCCAAAAAGUGAUGCCCAGUGCAGAAUGUCGCACGGACCAUCGACUAGUGCGUUGCCAAUUCAGGAUGCACCUCACACCCAAACCAAGGAAGGGAGGGCCCCCCACUAAAAAGUUCGAUCUCAAGAAGCUUCAGUCAGCUGAAGUGAAAGCUGACUUUCAGGCAGGCCUACAGUCCAAGCUUGAGAUCAUCGACUGCCCAGAAGACCCCUCACCUGAAACACUCUGGGAUCAACUGAAGACUGCCAUCCUGCAAACAUCCGAAGAAGUUCUGGGGUUUACCACCAAGAGGAACAAAGACUGGUUCGAUGAGAACAACCAAGAGAUCCAGGAACUGCUGACAAAGAAGAGGUCAUCCCAUCAGGCCCACCUGGCUCAGCCGUCAUGUCCUGUGAAGAAAGCUGCCUUCCGUCUCAUUUGCAGCAACCUCCAGCGCAAGCUUCGAGAGAUCCAGAACAAGUGGACUAACCUCGCAGUGAAAACCCAGCUUUGCGCAGACACUGGUGACUACAGAGGCUUCUAUGAAGCCUUAAAGGCAGUAUAUGGUCCUACUCACCACGUCCAGAGUCCUUUGCGCAGUACAGAUGGACAGGCGCUCUUCACAGGCAAGACUUCCAUCCUGAACCGUUGGUCCGAGCACUUUCAGGUCCUCUUCAGCGCUGACCGCGUCGUCCAGGACUCAGCAGUUCUCCGCAUUCCUCAGAAGCCAGUCAUAGUGGAACUGGAUGAACUACCAUCUAUGGAAGAAGUUUCAAAAGCCAUAGAGCAGCUGAAGAGUGGCAAGGCAGCAGGAGUUGAUAGGAUACCACCAGAGAUCUGGAAAGAUGGGGGACCAACACUACACAGCAAGCUCCACGAACUCCUUGUCUGUUGUUGGGAGCAGAGCAAGCUUCCAAGAGACCUCCGUGAUGCAGUCAUCAUCACUUUGUACAAGAACAAAGGAGAAAAGUCGGACUGCUCCAACUACCGGGGGAUAACACUGCUCUCUAUUGCGGGAAAAAAUCCUCGCCCGAGUGCUUCUGAACAGAUUGGUACCCACCAUCGCUGA